ACCACCGCCACGACUCUACCACGCACAUUUGGCAGCCUUUGUCAACGAUGAACAAUUACCUUCAGAAAUUCCAGGUGGCUGCUGGAAAGGUUGGCGUGCAGGCAACAGCCUUUGCACAGCAGACGAGCCGCCAGCUCUCAGAGCAGGCAAGGCUCGCCCAGGCUGGCUUUUCACUCCCAAAGGAGUGCGACAAGGCCGCCCGUGUCCUCCAGUCGUUCCUCGCCGAUCCCGAGCACCCCGACAGCGCGCUCAACAGCAUUCCCAAAGCUGUGCUUCAACAAGCAAAAGGCCUGGCCGUCUUUAGCGUUGUCAAGGCCGGCUUCGUGUGGUCCGGCAAGGCCGGCUCAGGCGUCGUCACGGCCCGUUUGCCCGAUGGAAGCUGGUCUGCACCCAGCUGCAUCGCCACGGGCGGUGUUGGCUUCGGUCUGCAGAUUGGUGCGGACUUGUCCGAAUUCGUCGUCGUGCUCAAUUCCGAAGACGCCGUGCGCUCCUUCUGCCUCGCAGGCAACCUGACCAUCGGCGGCAACCUAUCCGCCGCGGCAGGCCCUAUCGGUACCGGUGGUGCCGUGCAAGCUGCCAUCGCACACCCUGCACCGAUGUUCUCCUACUCGCGCUCAAAGGGCCUUUACGCCGGCAUGUCCCUCGAAGGUACUGUCCUCGUGGAGCGCAAGGACGCCAACAAGGAAUUUUACGGACAGGCCAUCCCCGCCCUUGAUCUCCUCACGGGCAAGGUCCCUGCGCCAGAAGCGGCGAGUGCCAUGUACGAAGUCAUCGAGGCGGCAGAGCUCGUCGACGAGAGCAAGCUGCCACAACAAGCCUACGUGCCGAGCGCAGACCACCCAGGCGGAAAGGUCGAUCCCGUCACAGCGUACAACCUCAGCGGUGAGGGCGCGACAGGUCAGUCUACUGGUGCCUCGGGGGCGACGUCGGGUGACUCGGCAGCGGCGGCGGGCGCAGGUACGGGCAACAAGCCCAUCUUCGAUGCUGGCUCGGCACACUAGAUUGAGCUUAGGCUCUUCUCUUCUGCGCUUUCUGUGGCCUUCCUCUCUCUCUCUUUUCCUCUUCGUUCUUCUUUGUAUCCCCUGAAUCUCCCCCUACUUUCUCCUCUGCACCCAAUACACCAAAGAAAAGCACGACCGAUGAUCUGAUUCGGACGAUGAGUUGAAACGAGAAAGGGGAAAAAUAAAGGAAAGAAAAGAUGAGGAUACAGAACGGAGGAGGACCGGAAGGAAAUCGAAGAGGAGAAGGGAAGGGGAAAAGGACGGGGAGGACCGAGACGCUGGCCUUAUAAAGUAAAGAGACGCAAUGGACGGAAGAAGAAG